UGUCCGAGGAGCCCUGAAGGCAGCAGUGUGGUACAUCCCCCCUCGAUGUCGCUGUUCGCUACAGUGUACACAGACAAGAUGGCAGCUUCAUUGGAGGACGAGUUUGAAGAUGCGCCUGAUGUCGAGCCGUUGGAGCCGACACUGAAGAACAUCAUCGAGCAGAAGUCUUUAAAAUGGAUAUUUGUGGGUGGAAAGGGUGGUGUGGGUAAAACGACAUGCAGCUGCAGCUUGGCGGUCCAGCUCGCUGCUGUCAGGGAAAGUGUCCUCAUCAUCUCCACCGAUCCUGCUCAUAACAUCUCUGAUGCUUUUGACCAGAAGUUUUCAAAGGUGCCCACUAAGGUCAUUGGUUAUGAAAACCUCUUUGCAAUGGAGAUUGACCCGAGCCUGGGAGUUGCAGAGCUGCCAGACGAGUUCUUUGAGGAGGACAACAUGCUCAGCAUGGGUAAGAAGAUGAUGCAGGAGGCCAUGAGCGCCUUCCCCGGCAUCGACGAGGCCAUGAGCUAUGCUGAGGUCAUGAGGUUAGUGAAAGGAAUGAACUUCUCAGUAGUUGUGUUCGACACGGCACCCACCGGUCACACACUGCGGCUGCUCAACUUCCCCACCAUUGUGGAGCGUGGUCUGGGCCGCCUCAUGCAGAUAAAGAACCAGAUCAGCCCCUUCAUCUCCCAGAUGUGUACCAUGCUCGGUCUGGGUGACAUGAACGCUGAUCAGCUGGCCUCUAAGCUGGAGGAGACCCUGCCUGUCAUCCGCUCAGUCAGUGAGCAGUUCAAAGACCCUGAACAGACCACCUUCAUCUGUGUGUGUAUCGCUGAAUUCCUCUCCCUGUACGAGACGGAGCGGCUGAUCCAGGAGCUGGCCAAGUGCCGCAUCGACACGCACAACAUCAUCGUCAACCAACUUGUUUUCCCCGAAGCAGAGAGGCCGUGCAAAAUGUGUGAAGCCCGCCAUAAAAUACAGUCCAAGUAUUUAGACCAGAUGGAGGAUCUUUACGAAGAUUUCCACAUAAUCAAGUUACCGCUGCUGCCCCACGAAGUCAGAGGAGCCGAGAAGGUCAACACGUUCUCUCAGCAACUUCUGGAUCCCUACAAACCCCCGAACAAGUGAUCUCCUUCUCUGCAGGACCUCCUCUCUGCCCCUCCCCUCCCCCCCCACCCCACCUUUACAGACCACACCUAUCCAGCCUCAAACCCUGCAGCAACAGCCACCAAUUGAUCCCCUCAAAGUCUGUCAACCAAAAGCAAAUCACUGCUACAGCAGGACACUCGCGCUCACAAAAUCACAAACAUACACGUACAUAACCUGAAAUAUUGUUGGAGAGGUAAGACAGCCCAGAUUUGUGCUGCCUUACCUCUCUCUUCUCCUUCCUUCAUAUCCGCCUUGUGGCAUUCUUACUUAAAGCAUUUAACUUUCUCUCUAAAACUUCCCCUCCUCCUCCAUCACCUCGAGUGUUCCCAGUGACGGUGCCCUUUGUUCCAGGAUAAAACAGCUUUCAGGCGCUCAAUGUUUAUGCCUUGUUUAUUCUGUGUGGUUUCGAUGGCUGUGUGUGUUCCCCAGUUUGACUUUUGACUCAAAUUUCAUGCAAAUUCUUCUGGAAUUUACAUCAAAAUAUCUAAAGAUUCAGGAUGUGUAGCAGGACAGUAGAGUGGUUCAGUAAUGACGUCUUUUUUUAGGACAACCCAGAAGUAAGAAUUAAAAGUGGUCCCUCGACAAAAAGCAAAGGGAUUUUUAUAUUUUCUUUUUCGGAAUAUUCUAGAAAUGAGAUCUUUGACAAACACAAGUUUUUGGUACUUAACACGUUUUGUUAAGCAGGAUAAUCACCCCAUAUUAACACUGCUUUAUGGUUUUUGAAGUGUAAGUGCAAUCAGCAGAAGUAAAAAGCUAAUGUGGCUAUGAAUGAACUGCAUUUAGUUCACAUGAUUUCCCCUCACAAAUGCUAAGCUAAGGGGGGCUAAUGUUCAGCGUGAUGACAUUUAGUAGUCUUAUGUAGUCACUGUCAUUUUUUCAUGAUAAAUAGAAGAUUUAAACAUCCACGAGUGGGGUUUCUACUGACGUAUUUAACAAGUAAACAUUUCUUCGGCUGGUAUUAACCACAGACCUCUAACCGAUGUAGACAUCUAACCCACUUGACUUAGAGACGAGGGAACCGGUAAUGCUAAUAUGCGAACUAAUUUCUGGGAUUUAGGACUAAUUUCUGCACCACUCUAUAAUGAAAAAAUAUGCUAUCUCCUUAAAAAAAAAAUGUUAUUGUAAUAAAGAAAGGCAGAGCAAUCCGAAGUGUUUAUUUUACCAUGUGUCAAAUCAUUAGACCUUGCAGUAACCUAAUGUCGAUGAGAUUUUGAGUCAAGUCAAGUUUGGAGAUCAGUAUCCAUAUAUGGCUAUGUCAUUGUUUGAACUGGACAGUCUUAAUGUUACAUAUUUGAGGCCUCUGUUGUUGGAGCAGCACCAGAUCUUAUGAGAUUUAAAUUCUAAAUGUGAAAAGACUCUUGAUGUUUAUUCGGCUGGAAGAUAAAAAGAGUGUCACAGCAUCACCCCAUACAAUGCUCAUCAAACAUGUUGUGUCCACAGACUUUAUGGGAACACUAUUACAUUAGUAGCCUUAUUAGUGCAUUGUUAAUAUAAAUAUAUUGAAUGUUGCUUGAUCAGUUGUGGAACAGAUGAAUGGCGAGUAGUUUAAGAAGAAUCAAAGCAUCUCUGCCCUGUGAUUGGCUCCUGGACUGUGAUUAGCUCGCCCGAUACUUCCAACAAGUUCCUAAAGGAAAUGGCCCUCUUUCUGUCACUGAAUGCUUUUGAGUCAAUCUGUUUUCUAAAGAUUUUUUUCUUUAAAUUAUACUGCGAGUGUUAAUUAAAACUAACUUGCAUCAGA